ACGAUGGCAACCUAAAGCAAAUGAUAAGAUAAAUCCUUUCCCUGCACUGCCACCACUUUCAAAUUGUAAAAUUUCGGGAAAUGCACGGUUUAUUCCUCAAUAUAACAUUGAUAAUCUAUUUGGUAUAAUUUCAUUUACUGAGGUUUUAGACGGAAAUGAAUCGAUCGUUGAUGGCGCGUUUUCAACUCCCCUUGGUGUAGUAGGAAUAAAAACGAUGAGUGGAAAACCCGUUUAUACUGCUGAACUUUUUUUUAAGGAUGAAAAGGUUUAUGAUUUAACUGGCCCAAUAUUUAAUAAUGCUAUGAAAUUAGUUACUCCCAUUCCUUAUCUUGUUCCUUUGACUAUUUGUGGUGAUAAUUCGAUCAUUGGGAAAACUAUAGUUAUUAAAAGAGGUGGUAAAGAAAUUGCAAGAGCUGAUAUCUCUGCUUUGAAAUCCUUUGAACGUUUAGUGGAUCCAAAUUACACGUGA